AUGGCUCGUCACAAUAGAAUGAGAAUGGAGUGGACUUUGGCGUCAUGCCGUACCCCUCGAAGCACUCGCAAGGAUAUCGAAGACAUCUUCCACAAGCCUAGCUCUGGUGGCAACCGGAUUUCGAAACCGAAAAGCAAGAAGCACAGCUCCAGCAACAAACCUCCUAAGAAGAGUGAAAUCAAAGGAUCCUGGGACCAUACUGGAGACGACUCGAGCCAGAUCGCCGAGGGAGAAGGUAACGACAGCGAAGAUGGCUCCGAAGACUCAGUCGACAAACCUUAUGUGAAAGGCCCCGCACUGACAUCAAGAGGUCAUCUUAAAGGCAGAAAACAACAUUCCUCCAAGAAAAUCCGCAAUAAGAAGACAGGCAGCGCGGGGCCUACUACAAUCGGGACGUUUGCACGCCACCACCACCAGGACGAGACACCCACAAAGAAGCGCACCGGAGCUCCAAUUUUCGCAUACGAAAGCGAUAGCGACUGCUCAUCCUUGACAAUGGAUCUUGAGAUUGAUGAUGAUGAAAGUGCAUUGAACGAGUACAAUAGCCUGAUCUCCGAAUCCGAAGCUAGCGAUGUUGAAGACAACGAUGACUUGUCAUCUGACAUUGACGAAUUAGACGAUGAAGAUGAUGAUAUGGAUGACCUUGAUGAAGAUGAUCAGAGUAUCCUCGACGAGGAGACCGAUUUCAUUAUUGGGGCACCAGCUCCAGUUUCAGAUGAUGGGUUUCUAGAGGCUAUUCCUACUGAAUGUGAGAUUCCACACUCACCCGCUGCUCUUUCAGAAGACAGCGAUGAUGAAGGUGAAGAUAUUUAUAUGGACAUGGAUGAUCCGGUAGUUCAGAAAAUAAUGAACCAUUCAUACACGAUCAGCGGUGAUAACGGUGAAAAUUCGGACGACAUGUUCGAGCAAUACUUCUCUGACGAAGCCCUUGACGAUUCUGAUUACGAUAGUGAUGCUACGAUCUACGAUGGUGAGCAGGAGACCCCUGUUUACACGAUCGAUAGUCCUUCUAACAUGUCAUUAGUACCUUCCAUUCCCUCGAGAUCACCAUCUCCGACCCCAGUCCCCGAAUCCGUUGAUGAGAAGACCCCGACGAAGUCUCUUAAGGCUUUCUCCCCACCAAAGUCCGGUUUCUUCAAGCUCAACCCCGAGCGUCUUAUUUGCAUUGUCGAGAACGUCGAUGGUCUCCACCGCGUCCUUACCAUGACCGCCGAUGACUACUUCCGCAAGGCCGAUUCGAGCAGCAACACUACCGUCACGACUCCUAGUGGAAAAGCAAGCGAAGAACUCUUCGCUUACCUCUCAUCCCAAAGUCAAUACAGUAACUCAAUUCCUAGCGAUGAUUGGGACUCUUCCUCCUCCUUCAAUAAGAAUAUUUUCGUGGGUUCCGAAUGGGACGCCUCAUCCAUUUUCGACACUACUCAGUGGGGUGAUUAUAUCGUUGAACAUCACCUUGAUGCUGCUCCGGAGGAUUUAGUCAGCUUUGACGAAAUUGCUCUCUUUACCGAAGACCGCCGAGGCUCUGAAUCUUCUCCUAUUCGUGCCUUUUCUGUUCCUGUUACAGCGUUCAGAGCAAACCAGAAUAACGCACUCUCUCGAACUAAUAGUGUCGUUGGUGGUAUCCACUCCUCUGGAAUCAAGAAGAAUGCACCCAGAAAGGACUCGUCACUCACACCUUCUCAGCGGAGAAAAUCGGAUGCUACGCAACCAGGAAGGCAAAAGACACCAAUGCCACUAGUACCAUUCCCGGUGCCUUUGGAACCCUUAUUUGCGGACACUCGUAUUAGUGCGAACCCCGCUGCCGUCUAA